AUGGUGUCCUCUGCAACUGAGACUGGAAAUGGCGGAAGCAUCGCCGAGAGGUGGCGCGAGCUCCAGGGGGAGCACUCGUGGGACGGCCUGCUUGACCCGCUGGUCUUGGACCUCCGCAAGUCGCUCAUCUCCUACGGCGAGCUCGUGUCCGCCACCCGCUCCGGCUUCAACAACGAGCAGCGCUCGCCGCACUACGGUCUGUGCAGGUACAGCCCCGACGACCUGCUUGCCAAGUCGGGGGUGGCCGACACCCGCUACUACAGGGUCACCAAGUUCGUGUACGCCACGGCGGAGCUGCUGCUGUUGGGCAUCGAUAAGCAGACCACCUGGAUGGGGUACGUCGCGGUGGCCACGGACGAGGGCGUGGCGGAGCUCGGCAGGCGCGACAUCGUCGUGGCGUGGCGUGGGUCGGCGACGUUGGCGGAGUGGGCCAAGGACUUCGUCGAGUUCUUGCCGGCGCCCGCCGAGCCCGUGCUGGGCUCCGCGGCCGCCGCGUACCCGUCGGCGUACGUGCACAGCGGCUUCCUGUCCGUGUACACCACCAGCAACGCCAACUCCGAGCUCGGCAAGGCCAGCGCCAGGGACCAGGUGCUAGAGGAGGUGAGGAGGCUGGUGGAGCUCUACAACGACGAGGAGAUCAGCAUCACCGUCGUCGGCCACAGCCUCGGCGCGUCGCUCUCCAUCCUCAACGCCGUCGACCUCGUCAGCAACGGCGCGAACAAAGCAUCCUCAUCUGCAGGCGGUCAGGCUCCGUGCCCGGUGACGGCCGUCGUGUUCGCGUGCCCACACGUCGGCAACGACUCCUUCAAGGACGCCUUCGACUCCUUCCACGACCUCAAGGCCCUCCACGUGAGAAACAAGAUAGACCCCGUGCCCGAGUACAUGCACUGGUUGCCUGACCUGGGCGUGACGCUGCCCAUCGACACGAGCCUGUCGCCGUACCUCAAGGACCCCGAGAAGAAGGCCCACGAGCUCGAGUGCUACCUGCACGGCGUCGCCGGGGUGCAGGGAAGCGCCGCCGGUGGAGGGUUCGACCUGGUGGUGGACCGCGACGUGGCACUGCUGAACAGGUUCACCGACGCGCUCAAGGACGAGUACCCGGUGCCGACGAGCUGGUGGGUGGCGGAGCACAAGAGCAUGGUCAAGAACGAGCAAGGCAAGUGGGAGCUCAAGGAUUUCGAGCAGAUAUAUUAA